ACAAACGCUAUCACACACGAGGCGGCGCUGGGUGCGUGCCGUGUCGUGUGCGCUGCUGCGUUGCAAGAGCUCUAGCUGCACCCAUGGGUGCCAGCCUGAGCCUCGUGCCGCUGCUCGACUACCUCGCGCGCCGCGAGUUCGCCGCCGCGGGCCUCAGCCCCGGCGCCGUCACGUUGCCGUACCCCGGCGGCGGCGGCGGCGAGUCGACCUGCACCGUUCACUACUGGGCCUCCACGGGGGAGCCGCGGCGCCCGCCGCUGCUGCUCGUCCAUGGAUUCGGCCCUCGGGCCACCUGGCAGUGGCGCUGCCAGGUGGGCCCGCUGUCACGGCAUUUCCACCUCGUCGUGCCCGACCUCAUCGGCUUCGGCGGCAGCGCCGCGUGCGACGGCUCGGCCUCGCCGCCGCCGUCGGAGGCCACGCAGGCGGCGGCGCUGGCGGCGCUGCUGGACGCGCUGCCGGGGAUGAAGGGGAGGCGGGUGGCCGUGGCGGGGACCAGCUACGGCGGGUUCGUGGCGUACUGGCUGGCGCGCACGGCGGGGCCCGGGAGGGUCGGCCCCGUGGUGAUCGCGAGCUCCGACCUGCUCAAGACGGCGGCCGACGACAGCGGGUUCCUGAAGAGGGCUGGCGAGGGGUGGAGCGGCGUCGAGGAGAUCCUGCUGCCCGCGGAGCCCGCCGCGAUGCGGAAGCUGAUGGAGCUGGCUGCGUACCGCCCGCCGCCGGCGGCGCUGACGCCGGACUUCAUCCUGCGUGACUUCAUCCAGAAACUUUUCACGGAAAACAGAGAGCAACUUAUUCAGCUCUUCAAGGGGAUCACGGUCGGCACAGACAAGUUCCCAGUAACUCCGAUAUCUCAGGAAGUGCUGAUUAUCUGGGGAGAGCAAGAUCAGUUGUUCCCGCUUGAGAAGGCCUAUGCAGUUCAGAGGUCUUUGGAUGGGAAAGCUAGAGUGGAGGUCAUAAGCAAAACAGGGCAUGCUCCGCAGCUGGAGGAUCCAACCCGGUUCAACAAGAUCCUGCUAGACUUCUUGCUGGCUACUCACAAGGCUGAUCCAUCGUCUAAUGGCACAUCUCAAUAAGAUGGAUGGCCACUCGAAUAUUUGAUUGGCUGAAAUAAGAUGGCUAUUCAACUCAGUCAGUUCAUAGUUAAAAUUUGUACUACAAAUUAUUUGAACACGGAAAAAUAUUUUUUAAAAAAGUUGUAUUGUUAUUUUUCUUUCUUUAUCCAUCUGAGGCUUUGAAUGUAAUCAAUGGACACACAUAGGGCAAAUGUUUGGUCAAACUUACCAAAAUAUCAGUAAACCAAGAUUUUGGAGUGCAA